AUGGAACGCCUUAAACGAACCCGAGGUGGAACCCUCCAGAUCCCAAAGUUCUCCGGCAAACUUCAGGAAUGGCAACAAUUUUGGGAGCAUUUCGACGUGUCAAUUCAUUCCAACCAGGCGCUAGCCGCUGUCGAGAAGUUCAAGUAUCUAGCGUCCUACCUCGUCGACGACGCGAGGCGCACUAUCGAAGGCAUACGCAUCAAUGGGGACAAUUACCCCACCGCCAUCGCGGCCCUCAAGCACAGGUACGGCCGGCCAGGUUUAUUGACGUCCGAGCACAUCGACGCGCUACUAGCUCUUCGUCCGGUGAAUUGUUCUGGACAGGUGUCCCAGUUAAGGCAUCUGCUUGACCAGGUCUCCUUUCGCACGUCUGCGUUGGCGGCGUUGGACGUUCCCAAGGAGCACUACGCUGUUAUCCAUGAACGCGUCAUCACGCGGUGCCUUCCCGAGGAUCUUUGUGUGCUCUUUCGUCAACGAAGGGUAGAUGCGACCGAUGCCUCACGUCGAGAACGCGGCGGCGACGAUGCUACCGAUGCCUCACGUCGAGACCGCGGAGGAGGUGGCGCAGUAGAUACGCCGACGGAAAACGUCGAGGCUCUUAUCUCCUUUCUCAAAGUCCAAGUCGAGACGCGGGAAGAAGUUGCCUUAACUCGUGCAACCGGUCAGGCCAACCAGCGUCCGAGCCGAAGUCCAAGCAUUCUCCCUAGCCCGGCGACUGCCUCAGCCCUAGCAGCGACGAGCGGGCGUUCUCCGGGGCUAAUGGAUCAUCAACUACGUUCGAGUUCUCGCCCACCGUGUGACUCGUGCCCGUUGUGUGGGUCCACCGAUCACCCGCUUCAGUCCUGUACCGUCUAUUUGCCCACCGCCGACAAGAAGCCGGACAGGCAGAUGUUUUCGAUGCGGGAAACCUGGUCAUCCUUCGAGACUGUGCAGAACGGCAGCGCUGUUGUCCUGCGCCAAUUGCCACGGCCGGCACCUUUCUGUACUCCGUACUACGACAUCACUAGCCUCAAGUCUGCAGAAUACUGGGGGAAUUGCUCGGCUGCAAACUGCUACAGUCUGGGCGUCUGGCCCGGCGGGCAGAAGCAGCUGAGGUGCGAGGUCGAGGGUGAAGAGAAUUUGUCUGUAUUCUCAUUUGCGGCGACGCAUCCCAAGCAUUACCGCUGCGAGCAGGUCACGGUGCGCCUCGAAUCCCUCUUCGAAAGCGACUCCGUUGUCGACUUAACGGCUCUUUGCGUCGACGACCUUUGCCACGUCGUUGUUCCUCCAUUGGGCAUCAAGACAAUCAGGGUGAUGCAAGAGCGCGGCUUGCCAUUUGCCGACACAUGUCACACCGCAGAGAUUGGAGUGUUGGUGGGAGCAGACCAAUAUUGGAAGGUAGUCACCGGUCAUGUCGAACGCCUCGCUGCCGACCUCAUAGCCGUUGAAACCAUCUUCGGAUGGAUUGUACAGAACGUCCGUGGAACGAUAUCAUCGUUGGUGUCAGUUUUCUUCCUCGCACACGAAGAUCAGGAUCACUUCGAGAGUAUUGACCCGUCAGAGAUGUGGCGUCUGGACGCCCUCGGUAUUGCCGACCACGUUGCCGGCGACGACGACUCCGUCGCCUCACUUUGCUUCUCAAGUCAAGUAGAAAAGCGUAAUGGCCGCUAUGUGGUUCCACUUAUGGUUAAGGGCUCUGGACUUCCAGCCGAAGCAAACAACCGGGUAACGGCGGCGCAGCGGCUGGUCGCGCAGUUGCGGCGUUUUCGUUCUUCCCCGCAGCUACUUCUCAAUUACGAUUCCGUCAUUCGGGAAUACUUUGACGAGGGUCAUGCCGAACGGGUUGCUGAUGUUUCGAACCAAACCGACAACGUGUACUACAUGCCCCAUCACGCCGUGAUCCGGAAAGACGCCGUAACGACAAAGCGUCGCGUCGUCUUCGAUGCCUCGUCUCACUGCCCCGGCCAACCGUCUCCUCAUGAAAGGACCCAAGCUGAACGCCGACCUCAUACAUCUAUUACUAGUGUUUCGCUGCAGCACCGUCGUCCUCACGGCAGAUAUAAGAAAGGCGUAUCUACAAAUCAGUAUUCGAACAGAUGA